UAACGAAAGCAAAAACAAAACAAAAAAAAAAAUGAGAAAGGAAGAUUCGGAGGAAGCAGAUCACAUCUCGAAUCGUACAGUCAAUAUGAAAACUGCAACAAGCGACCAAAGUCUCCUAACAAUCCUUGACGACAUCAGAUCUUCCAAAUGUCCGGCUGUUAUUAACUACGGAGCUUCAUGGUGUGGAGUUUGUAGCCAGACGUUUCCUGCGUUCCAAAAGCUUAGCAACAUUUUCCAAAGGAUCAAGUUUGUUUAUGCAGAUAUUGACGAGUGCCCAGAAACCACUCUUCACAUCCGUUACACUCCGACGUUUCAGUUUUACAGAGACGGUGAAAAGGUUGACGAGAUGUUUGGAGCUGGUGAAGAGAGGCUCCAUGAUCGUCUUUGGCUUCAUUCUUGAAAAAACCAAAUUAUGAACUCUGCAUUUUCUUUUAUAUACACUUCAAUACUUAAAUGAUAAAAUAAAGUCCGCAACAUUGUGCUACAUAAUUGAUAGAUUAUUGUAUAAUAUAUGAAUAUUUAUUACCAA